UAGUUAGUGUCAACUGUCCAGUGUCUCUGACUCUGGAUAUUUUUGGCCCCCAAAAAUCUCCUAAACCUCCUUAUCCAAAUUCACACGUUGCUCUUGCUCCCUCUCUGAAAUCAAACUGGUAUGGCACUUCUUCGUCUUCACUGUUUCCCUUCAACCACUUACAUCUCCACUGAACACCUACAACACCAGUUGCAUGUAGCCUCUCUUUUCCCUCUGCAUAAACCACAAAAUCAAUUUAAUAUCAAUUAUCUCUCUCUUUCUUGGUCUCCUUCUCAAGCUCACUCAUUUCUCAUUAAGCCCAAAAAAGUGAGUCAUUUUGCUGUCCAUUUCUCUGCCACCACUCAAAACUCAGUUGUUGAUUCUUCACUUAAUGUCUCCACUGAAACUACAAAUACCGAACAAGAAGAAGAAUAUUCCAAAACCAGAUUGCUUGCCCAGAAUGUACCUUGGACUGCUACCGUUGAAGACAUUCGUUCUUUGUUUGAGAAGCACGGAAAAGUCCUUGAUGUUGAGCUUUCGAUGCAUAACAAGACCAGGAACAGAGGUUUGGCUUUUGUUACUAUGGGUUCUCCUGAGGAGGCUGUUGCUGCUCUCAAUAAUCUUGAAUCAUAUGAAUUUGAGGGUCGUACUUUGAAAAUGAAUUAUGCAAAGGCAAAAAAGAAGCCUGCGCCACCUGUGCAUCCCAAGCCAGUCCCAACGUUUAAUUUGUUUAUAGCAAAUCUGUCAUAUGAAGCCAGGGCUAAAGAUCUUAAGGAGUUCUUUAAUUCAGAAGGCUGGGAAAUCGUUUCUGCUGAAGUUAUUUUUCAUGAUAAUCCAAGAAGGUCCUCUGGGUAUGGAUUUGCCUCCUUUAAAACCAAGAAAGAAGCUGAGGCGGCCCUGUCUACUUUGCAAGGGAAGACAUUUAUGAGAAGACCACUUCGAAUAGCACCUAGUAGACAGUUUGUUAAACUAAAAACUAAAGAGGCCUUACAGUCUAAUGAUACAUCGGUGGAGUUGAACUCUGGUGCAGAGCAAUAAGAAACAUCCAAUGAAAACGGAGAAUGAAAAAAUUUGAGGGCAGUUAAGUUUCUCCUUUUUCUUCCAUUUGUAAUUUUUAAGGUAAAGUUCCAUAAAAUCAAUGCAGCUCAAACAAUAAUUUUUUUUUUUUCAUAUGCCUGUUUCAACCACCUGGUUGGCAUUCUGUGAUAUAUUCUUCUUAUUAAUUGAUACUGUAUGGCAUUUGAGUGAAAUGGAGCACUUUUGUGAUAUAGUUUCAAACCUUAUCUCUUCUACCAUUGUUACAUUAAUUUCCGGCAGUAACCACUGUUGUAUGCAUCUUGUUUUGACGGUGGAUUUAAAUCACUUUAUUUAACUACAAUAGCUCUCUGAUUUUUUUUUUUUUUUAAAAACAAAUUGCCUUGGUGCUUGUCCAUUAUAUGCUCAUGAUACAGUGGAACCAAGUCUUCUUAUGGACAUGAAUGUCUGUCCCUAGUGGAAUGCUGGCCAUAAACAUAUGGUGAUCAUGCUGGGCUUCCACUGUGCCCUCUGAACUGCUAAAGUGACUAUCAGCUGGGCUUACUUAUGAUUUAGCUGUGGCAAAACACUGGCCUCAAGAACAUUUUUGGUUCUUUUUCUUCUCACAGAUCUUGUAUUAAAUAUAUUGCAGCUUCAUUCCCUUGUUUAAUCCCAUUGUUUGACUUGACCAGCUGAUUUAUUACUGUUAACAGUCUGUUAUACAAGGAAGAUAUUUCUAAAUUUUUUCGUAUGUGUAAGAGUUUUUUAUUGGUAAAUUUAAAUCUUAGAAACGCACCAAGUGGUUUAAAACUUUUUUCUAUUGAACUUGCAAGGGUUAUGAUUAGUAACGUGAGCUACUCAUUUCUUCAUUUCAUGCAUACUUGAGUGUGAUCCUCAUGUUUGUAAUACUUUGUGAACCGGAUAGUAGAGGCUAUUCAGUAAUAGAAGCCAUAAAUUCUGUUUGUGAUGACUGAUAUUUCUCAAUUUUGUAGCCAUAGUUAAAUUGGAUAAUUGAGCAUUGUCCAUUUGCCAAAUCUUGAAAUCAAUAACUUCAGCUGUUUUUGUUUUCAUAUUUCUCUGUUUUCGACAUUCACCUUCUUACUUGAUAAAUUGUCUGGAAAAAGGAUCUUAGCAACAAUCACAGAAACUAACCUAUUUAUUUUCCAUUCAUAUUAAAAGAAAUUGCUUCAAGGAAACAAAACAUACAAAACAGUAGAUAUGAAACUGAGGAUUUACUGGUUCUACUCUAAA